AAUCCAUGGGAGGGGCCGUCGUAGCUAGCCGUACGAACGGUACGUGUCGGCAGGUGUCAUUUUUAUCAGUUUCUGACAGCUACCAUCACGGUAGCCUGUAGUUAGCUCAGAAUAGCUCCAUAAUAGUUACCCCCAGUUGACCCACAGCAGUCAAAGUUAUCACAAUAGCUUAAUUCAGUUAUAGAGGCAAUAGCUCCCCAACAGCCACAAGCCAUAGUAGUAAACAGUAGUUAAAUAGGCAGGUGCCAGGGAUGAUUUGAAUAUGAUUUACAUCACCACCGCGAACACACAUCAACGUCAAACCAACCUUCUGCACUACACAUCAUGUCUUCUAUGCCGCCGCAUAGUUACAUGAUGUCAGACCCUUUGCCUGGGUCUCCAGGACUGCUGGGCGAGGCAUCAAUAUACUUUCAUGAGGAGAUAGACGGAGGAGAACUCUUUCCUGCCCCGCUCAAUGGGGAUAAUAUGCUCCAGUUCAGUGGGCAACCAUGGCAAAACACGGACGAAAUGACCGGCAACAGCACUUCAGCACAAACAUGGCCAGUCUCGGCGGACAUGACCCGCAACGAUUCUUCGGCCACGUCUCAAAGCCGCCAGUCGUUCGAUUUUCCAGCGGCAGCUGAACAGCUGCAAACGACAGCACUUCAAUCCGUUGAAAUGAAAUUGAAGACCUCAUCGUCACCGUCUCCCAGCUUGCUCGGUAGCACCUCCCCUCGGGGUAUGCGAACAAGAAAGCGCAAGAGCUCGCCUCUAUCUGAUGAAGACGAGGAGGAAGAUGGGACGCCUGAGUCGCCACCGAAGCCACCAAUGAAGAAGACGGCCCACAACAUGAUUGAGAAGCGUUAUCGAACAAACCUCAAUGACAAAAUCGCCGCCUUGAGACAGAGCGUCCCGAGUCUCAGAGCCACGGAAAAGACCCUGGGUGGGAAAGGAGCCAAGAAUUUGGCCGAUGUCAUGGAGGACUUGGAUGGGCUGAUCCCACCGAACAAGCUGAACAAGGCUACGAUCCUUUCCAAAGCCACGGAAUAUAUCGGCCAUCUUGAGCGCCGCAACAAAUCCCUCCACGCUGAGAAGUUGUCUCUCAUUGAUCGUAUCAAUACGUUUGAGAAUCUCCUCCUUGGUAGGAAGCAUCAUGGCCAACAGAUGUACCAUCAGGACCAGCUUCUUAUACAGCAGCAGCACCAAAUGAUGGACCACGGCAAUCAACGCCCCACCAGAAACUAGUUGUUGUUGGAGGCCGCAGGGGACUAUGCGUGACAGUGUUUUUUACAGGUUCACAGUAACCUCUUGUCUUAAUAGUAAUAUUCCUCAAUCACACGGUUUAAACCUGUGACAAGCGUUUUUUUACAGGUUCACAGAAA